AUGUCUUCAAAAAUCGAAAUUAUUCGACGACCUUCCAAUGAACGUGGAAAUGCUGAUCAUGGUUGGUUAAAAUCUUUUCAUACAUGGUCAUUUGGAUCUUAUCAUGAUUCAAGUGUUCCUCGUUAUGGUUCACUUCGAGUUUUAAAUGAAGAUCGUGUUCAACCAACAACAGGUUUUGAUCCACAUCCUCAUCAAGAAUAUGAAAUAUUUUCAUAUAUUGUUGAUGGAGAAUUACAACAUAAAGAUUCAAUGGGUAAUAAAGAAAUUAUUCAUCGAGGUGAAAUACAAUUUACAUCAGCUGGAACUGGUAUUCAACAUUCGGAAUAUAAUGUUCAUAAAUCAUUAUGGGUUCAUUUUAUACAAAUAUGGGUUAAACCAAAUCAAUCAAAACUUAAACCAUCAUAUACAACAAAAAAAUGGUCAGAUAAUGAUAAACUUAAUAAACUUUGUUUAUUAAUUGAUGAUAUUAAAAAUUCAAAUGAAAAUACAAUUGGAAUUCAUGCAUCAUUAUCAAUGUAUGCAAGUAUUUUAGAAUCAAAUAAAUCAGUUAAACAUAUAUUUACAAGACCAAAAGGAUAUAUUCAUUUAAUUAUGCGAAGUGGAUAUGAAAUAAAAAAUGGAGGAAAACUUCAAAUUGGUGAUGUUAUUUUAGAGGAAGGUGAUGGUGCAUUUAUCAAGUCUAAUAAAGACAAUAAUGAAAUAUUAAUUGAAAAUAUUGGUUUAAUCAAUGUAGAAUUUUUAUUAUUUGACCUUGAAUAA